CCAAAGCUGAUCACCGUUUUAUGAUUGAAGUUAUCUAGAAAAUAACUUAAUACUUCAUAAAUCUGAAUGAUAUAUUUCUAUGAAUUUAUUUUCUAAAACACAAAAUAUGUCUCGGGAAAGAACCAUCGGCGGAGCGGCAAUGUUUUGGUGGACGGCGUGUGUGUCGAUGGCGGGUCGGCGUCAACAAAACAUUGAAGAAAACCAUUUGUAACCUGUAAACGUUGACUGGCCGGCCAGCCCACCCGAGCCACCAGGAUGCCGGUGUCCCUGGAAGACCUGACCAAGCUGAGGGUGGUGGACCUGAAGGCCAAGCUCGCCACCUUCAACCUGCCCACGCACGGUUUGAAGAGCGAACUGGUCGACCGCUUGUUCCAGCACCUCGCUUCUCUUGGGGAGACCACCGGUCCAGCCAGGAAAGAAGAGUCUACUGAUAACUCAGAUCUACUGGAUGAUGGCCCACCUGGUGUGGACCCUGAAGGGCCUGACUCAGGGUCUGGAGAGCAGGAGCAAGGGAAACCUGAGGACAUGGUGGUGCUGGAGGGGGAGGACCAAGGCCAAGGGGCAGGACCAGAGGGACUCAUGAGGAAGAGGGAACAGGAUGAGAUGAUGAACCGGCAGCGGCAGAUGGAGGAGGACCAGCUGAUGCAGCACAAGGUUAGGGAGCAGCAGCGUCUCUUGGAGCAGCAGCAGCAGCAGAAAAAGCAAGAGGAUCUGUACAGACUGCAGCAGGCAGCCUUUAUGGAGAGACAGCGGGAGGAGCAGGAAAAGCAAGUGCACCUGAUGAGGAUGCAGCGCGAGGCUCUCAUGCAGGAUGAUGAGCAGAUGGCUAUGUCUAACCAAGGAGGACCCCCACCCCCUCCUCCACCACCAGGGGUCUCUACAUCCACAUCACACCCAGCAUCCUCAGGGCCUGGGAGUGUGGGCACAGUGCCAGUCUUGGGACCACCAGGAGUCAAGGCCUCUGUUGUGGUGCCUCCCUCCCCUACCUUUCCUCCACGGCCACAGGGUCCCAUGGGUGUUGGAGGUCCUGGGGGCUUCUCUGGGAAUCCUGUGGGCAGUGCUGGUCUUUUGGGCCCAGGACCUGGGUCUACCCCUAAGCCUAAUACUCCCCAGCAGCAGCCCUCACUGAGACCCCCACUGCUGCAGCCUACAAACACCCGCCCACCUCAACCCAUGGCACCUCAGCGGCCACCCAACUCCAUCCAGAGCACUCCUAGACCCCCAGGUGCAGGUCUCCUAGGAGCAGCCCCUUCAGGUAUGGGUCCUCCAGGGGAGACCACAGACAAGGGGGACAAGCCUCCGCCUCUCAUGUCCCUGCAGGUGUCGGCCCCUAAGGAGGAUACACCUAGAGAGGUUAAGCUUCCCCAAGCCCUGGAACAAGCAUUGGCCUUCAAGACUGAGAGAGCUAAGCAGGUUGGUGUGAACCCUGAGGAUGUGGAAAAAGUAGAGAGGGAAGGUCUAGCUAGAAUUGACGAACUGGUCAAACCAGCUGCACCAGUGCGUACCACAACUCCUCCAGCCAAGCCCCAGCCAGCCUUUGUCCCCCCAGCCUAUGAGGAAGAGGAGGAGGAACCAACAGAAGAGCCAACACAGAAGACUAAGCAGGAGAAGAAGAAAAAGAAGAAGAAGAAGAGGAGAGGUCGCCACCGCUUCGAGGAGGACCAAGAAAAGAAGGAUAAGGAGAAGGAAAAGGACUUUGAUAAGGGUGAUGGUGAAGACGGUAUGGGAGGUGUAGAAAUUGAGUACAUCCAGGACACCAUUGACCUGGACAUUACUGAUCCAAACUACCGCCACUUUACCAAGAUUUUUGAGACUUUCCGUAUUGCUGAGCCAGAACCCAAGCCCGAGGAGGAGAAGGUGGUUCCUAAGGCAGAAAUACCACUUCUGGACCUCAAAAAACUUGGCUCUAAAAUCCCUGGAAUUCCCCUUGAUGAUGAUGAUGAUGAUGAUGACUUGAAAAAGGAUGAUAGUGACAAGCCAAAGCUCUCUAAGAGGAAGUUAAAGUUGCUGAAACGGAUGAGUAUUGCUGAGUUAAAGCAGACAGUGAGUCGACCAGAUGUGGUAGAAAUGCAUGAUGUUACUGCCAAGGACCCAAAGCUGCUGGUGCACCUCAAAGCCACUCGUAACACUGUGCCUGUACCCCGCCACUGGUGUUUCAAGAGAAAGUAUCUUCAGGGCAAGAGAGGUAUUGAAAAACCACCCUUUGAACUGCCAGACUUUAUUAAGCGUACUGGGAUCAUGGAGAUGCGUGCUGCACUGCAGGAGAAGGAAGAUCAGAAGACUCUCAAAGCCAAAAUGAGGGACAAAGUACGGCCCAAGAUGGGCAAGAUUGACAUUGAUUAUCAGAAGCUGCACGAUGCUUUUUUUAAGUGGCAGACCAAGCCGAAGAUGACAAUCCAUGGGGAUCUUUACUAUGAGGGUAAAGAAUUUGAAACUAAAAUGAAGGACAAGAAGCCAGGAGAGAUGAGUGACGACUUGAGGAUUGCUCUUGGCAUGCCUGUUGGUGCCAAUGCCCACAAGGUGCCACCACCAUGGCUCAUUGCCAUGCAGCGUUAUGGGCCCCCACCCUCCUACCCCAACCUCAAGAUUCCAGGACUCAAUGCUCCCAUACCUGAGGGCUGCAGCUUUGGGUAUCAUGCUGGUGGCUGGGGCAAGCCUCCUGUUGACAACAUGGGCAAGCCAAUCUAUGGAGAUGUGUUUGGCACUCAAGGGAAGGACUUCGACACACCCCUGACAGAAGAGGAAGUGGAAAGGACCUUGUGGGGAGAAUUGGAAAGUGAGAGUGAGGAGGAAUCGGAGGAGGAAAGUGAGGAAGAGUCAGAUGAAGAUGUGAGUGGCCUGGUGACUCCUGGAGAGACUGGUCUGGUUACUCCAUCAGGUAUCAGCUCUCUUCCUGCUGGCUUAGAGACUCCAGAUAUGAUUGAGCUCAGGAAGAAGCGCAUGGAGACAGAAAUGGAAGGUGGAGAUACACCUGCACUAUACACUAUCCUACCAGAGAAACGGACAGAGACCAUGGGCCGCGCAAUGAUGGGCUCCACACACACCUAUGACAUCAGUGCUGCAGCAUCAGCAACCAGUACUGGGACCAGCAGAACAGCCCCUCAGGGUGUGGAAGUAGCUUUGGAUCCCUCAGAGUUGGACCUUGUGGACACUGAUGCCAUGGCUGCCCGUUAUGAGGCCACACUGAGAGAGCAGCAAAAGGGUGAGGAAGAAGACUUUUCCGACAUGGUGGCAGAGCAUGCAGCAAAACAACGUAACAAGAGACGAAAGCAACAACAAGACCAAAGCAAACCUGCCAAGAAAUAUAAGGACUUCAAAUUCUAAGUGUGACCAGUACUGAAUCCUUCAUGUUAGUACAAGGAUGUGAUUCCACAAAUCAGUCUGGGAUGCCAGACUGUGGCUCUAAAAUAUUCUCCAUCAUGCUACCUUAUCACAAUUACAGCAUGUUACCACCACUUCAAUAUUUAGUAAUAAAUUUAUGUAACAUG